UUUAUGCUAUUUUUGCCAUAUCUUUAUAGGUAUUAGUUAUCGUUCUUUUUCUUUUUUUCAUUCUUUAUUUCUUUAUUUCUCAUUAAUUCAUUUAUAUAUUUAUUUAUUUACUUUAAUUUACUUACUAAAACAAGAUGCGAACUUUUAUUGUGAAAUAUUUCGUUUACUCCGACCGGAAGUCUUUGCUAAGUCAGCUGACCCGUGCAGACUACUGACAGUCUCAAACGUAGGAAGAAGUUUGGGGAAAUUAAGUUUUAACUCUGGAAAUAACAUACAGUUGCUUUUGGUCGUACUGUACUGAGAAUAAGUUUGAAAAUGCCUUCUUUUAUCCUCUGUGGGCCGAAAAUGGCAGUAUGUAUGCUGGUGCUGAGCAUGUGGGGAGUCAUAAUGCUGGCAAUGCUGGGGAUUUUCUUCAGUGUUCAUUCGGCUGUGCUGAUCGAGGAUGUGCCUUUAAAGGAGGAAGACCAUCAAGACUCUCAGAACCCACUGCAGAACGUUUAUGCUGUCUACAACCAAGUUGGCUACAACUGCUUCAUCGCUGCAGGAAUCUAUGUGGUGAUUGGAUUAGUGUCUUUCGUUCAGGUCCGACUGAAUAAACGCAACGAUUAUCUUGUGCGUUAGCACCAUCUGGUGGGUGGAGAAAUCCGACUCCUUGAAAGUGAUCUUACUGUAUUUCCUAUCUUGGUUUCAUCUACAGAUGUUUUGGUAUUACAAAAGGAAAUUGCUUUUGGUAUUUACGUUGUAAUCAGACCCGAAAUGUUGCGCUUUCACUGUGCCUUUUUUCUUUGUAAAGCAUUCUGAGGUUUAGAUCUUUAACAAAAAAAUGUCUCAGUGUGGGAUUGAUAUUUAUGGAAGGAGGAUUGUUGUAUUUACUUAAUAUUGUGCCUUACUUCCCUCUACACAUUUUCUCGCCAUGUUUACUUUAGUCCAAAUACUUUAAAAUUUUUAGGAAUAAAAAAUGUGCCACUGUUUGGUUGACGGUGAAUUGAAUUUAAAAUUGCAUACGAUACUAUCACAUUUGAAUAAUAUUUAUUUAUACAUAAAUACAAAGUAGAAAUUACCAUUGUCCAUGUGAAUUUAAUUUUGUAUAAACUCUUAACAGUCUGCUAUCUUAUUUGUAACACUUUGUUAAUUACAGAAAUAAACAUGUAGUUUCUGUA